CAGGGGGGACAGAUCCGUCCGCGCGGCGGUGGCUCGCGCGAGCGUUUCGCGGCCCCUCUUACUAUGCGGGAGCUCGAUCGAGUCCCUCUCUCUCUCUUUCCCUCCCCGUCGGAUGUGCCCUGUGAUAUAUAUUAAUUGACAAUUGACGAGGGAAGAAGCUGUCGCCUCGCUCCUGGACCCUCCCACCCCCCGAUCGGCACGACAAUGGCUGCGACCUUCGAUCAGUAUGACAAGUCGAGCUGGUACUUUGGUGCUAUGUCGCGGCAAGAUGCGUCUGACUUGUUGAUGGGUGAGAAGGAAGGUGGUGUAUUUUUAGUACGAGACAGCACCUCCAUACACGGCGACUUUGUGUUGUGCGUAAGGGAGGACAGUAAAGUCAGCCACUACAUCAUUAAUAAGAUUCAACAGGGAGAUCAAAUUCGUUAUCGGAUUGGAGAUCAAAUGUUUCCAGAUAUACCCAGUCUUCUCGCCUUUUAUAAGCUUCACUAUUUAGAUACCACGCCACUAAUUAGGCCGGCGCCAAAGAAAACGCAGAGGGUAAUUGCAAAAUAUGAUUUUGAGGGUAAUGACUCCGAGGACUUACCCUUUAGAAAAGGUGAUAUACUUACCGUAAUAUCGAAAGAUGAGGAACAGUGGUGGACAGCUAGAAAUAGUGUCGGCCAAACUGGUUCGAUACCGGUGCCGUACGUUCAAAAGUACGACGACGAUAAUCAUAUGAUAAUAGAAAAUAACUCGCGGCCUGAGAGCGGUGGCAGUUCCGGCUCCAACUCGAAUUCAGGGCCUACGUCGCAGGUAUCUCAUACAGAAUCGACGGGGCAGGCGACUGUGACGCGAAGACCGAACAUUCAGAGAACACUACCGGCCUUUGCCAAAGUGAAACAGGCGAGGGUACCGAACGCGUACGAUAAAACUGCUCUAAAAUUAGAAGUAGGUGAUAUGAUAAAAGUGACAAAGACUAAUAUUAAUGGCCAGUGGGAAGGUGAAUUGCAUGGCAAGGUCGGACAUUUCCCAUUUACACAUGUGGAGUUUGUAGAUAAUGAAACUGGUGAAGACAAUCAGGAGAUUUAACAGAAAUUCUCCGAGUGUGAUGUGCACCACAUGUGUGACAAAGAAAAAAAGGAAGACGCCUCUUAUAUUAUCAAAAUUUAGAGUUACUAAUAACAUCUAUUAUAUGUGCCAUUUCAAAGAAAUGUGUUUAGUCUGAACAACUGUACAUUCGAUUGUUGCAAGUAUAAGAAAUCUUGAUUUUUGUGCAAUAUUAUUGCAAUAUAAGGAAUAUUUAGAGAUUUGUGUUGGUAUCUCUACAGUAUGUUAAUUUAGUCACAUACAUUGAUCCAUCAUUUUAUAUUUUACAUUGCUAAUUUCCCAAAGCACAAAGCAUAAUUUUAUAAAGUUAUUACAUAUAUAAUACAGUAUAUAUUAAUCUUAUAUAUUAAUACUAUUUUAUUUUAUUAAAAAUUAAAAUCAUGUUUUAGUGAAAUAGUGAACAAAACAAUUUUUGUAAAAAAUACAGUAAUUAUAAGAUGUAUAUUCUAAUGGUUUUGUAAUUUACAAUUAUUUAUAUAUGUAGCCGUGUUACAUAUAUAAUGUUCUUUACAUUUUUCUUAUAUAAAUAUAGUGCACUAGUUUAACAUUCACGUAUAUACAUAUUUAAGUUUAUUGUUUAUUUAGGAAUUUAUUAGUGCUCGAAGAUGAGUUCGACACAUGCACAAGUUUUCAUCUACACUCAACGACUUCUCAUCUCUGGAUUUGUUGAUUUUAUAGAUUAUAUUAUUGAUAAAUUAUAACUUAUCAUUUUUAUUUAUGAAUACUACAAUGGAAAAAAGCAUGCAUGUGCUUCUUAAAAUGGUUUCCUAGCAAAUAGCAAUUAUAUUCCUAAAGUUGUGGAACAGUAUAUUCUGGAAUGAAUAUAUAUCUUCUAGUCAUAAGUGACUAUGAUAAAAGCAUACUGUACAUAUACUUGAUUAACAGCAUUUCAUUUUACUAUUAUUAACAAUUCCGGGUGAAAAACAAUAUCUAAAGAAUACUUCAAAAGAAAUGCAGUUGUUCUGUAGACUAUGAACCUUGAUGUCAUGGUACAUACAAUAUCUGUUAGCCAUAGGUUGUGCCACCAAUUGGAGCAACAUAUUGUGCUAGAAAGUUGUAUUUAUAUAUACAUAAUGAUGGAAAGGUUAAUUGUAUCAAAAAAUUGAUCAUGGUUAUGUGGAAUACCUUAUGACUAUUAGGAAUUAUUGUAAUAGCAGAUUUUUAAAUGAAUUUUACGUUUUCAUUGAAAUUUCAUUGAAAACGAAUCGAUUCUUCUUUCUACUCCAAUUUUGGAUUUCCGACCCUGUUUAAUCAAGCCGUAACGCCACGCUUUAUUACAUUUGAUUAAUGGCCAGAGCCUUCUCGGGAUUAAGAAAAAGCCCAAAUGCCUAUUGCGUACGUCGGCUGCUCACAGUGAAAGCGGUCAUUCAAAACGCAUGAUCAAAAUCGUUUUGCUUCAGCGAUGGCCUGGAGUACACACUCUAGGAAAGAAUUGAUUCUAAAAUCGUCGAUAAAUAACGAUGAAACAUCUUACGUAUAUCGGUAUUAUACAAUGAAUUCUCAUACAUUGUGUAAAACAUGCUAUUUAAAAAGAAUAAGCAAACUUGUACUAUUAAUUGAUAUAUUCAUUGUUUUAUAAUAUUUUUGCAAUAUAAUUUUAGAUUAUUAUGUGUAAUAUUCCGUCACUUGAUUUUUUAAUAAUUGACUAUGUGCAUUUGACAUUUCCAUCAUCAUCAUCCAUCAUCAUCAUCAUCCAUCAUCAUCGUCGUCGUCGUCGUCGUUACUACCAUUAUCAUCAUCAUCAUCAUCGUAGUCACAAGUUGCAUAAGUUCUCCAUACUCUUCCUAAAAUUGUUCACAGUAUUAGGAUAAACAAAACGGGAAGUAUUCCAUAUCAAUAAAUACGCGUUUAGGCAAGAUUUUCUUCCGUUUAAUGUUUAAACACAUGAUAAAAUAUAAAAUGGUCCAAUUUAUAUAUAUAUUUUUGUCAAUUUUGAUGUGUGAAGUAAGGCAAGCUGAAUAACAGGCAGUUUUUUGGCAGCAUUACGAGUAUUGAGCCGUUAUUUGUAUAAGAUGAGACAAGGUCUGGAAUGUGCCAUUAUGUGCAUUUUACCUUUAAUUAUCAAUAUUCUAAUGACAGAUGGUGCUUAAAUAUGGAUUUCAGCAUACAAGACAUUUAUAUAGUGAUACCAACAUACAAAUGCUUAAUUAAGUAAUUUUUACGCAUAUAUUUUCACAUAAUAAUUACAUGAUUGUUAUGUAUAUUAAUUUAAAGAAUUUCUAUUACGAGUUUCAAUUUAAAAAAAACUAAAUCACAGAAUACAAAUUACUUGGAUCAUACAUUUUCACACGCAUGACCCAUCGAAGCAAAUUCAUUUGUACGUACGACAUAUACACGAGAUAAAUUUAAAUAUGGCAAGGAUAUAAAAUAAUGUAUAUUUUUCUAAGCAUAUGCACAUAUUUUUUGGUUUUUCUGAUAGUGAACCAAUUUCAUAAAUAAAAUACGAUAAUAAAUGAUAAGAUUAAUAAUCAUUUAGAUAAAUAUAUAUUUGUGUUGUAAUUUAUAAUAGAUUGUAAUAAUGUAACGUUCAAUUGUAGCACUCAACAAUAAAUGAUUACGUAUGUA